AUGAUAUAUCUAAGACACAGUGAAGACAAAAAGUUCUUGACCGCAGUGGGUGAAAGUAGGAUCCUACCAUUAGGACCGAUUGCACGAGUGCAAGUGGGAGUGUAUAGUCGAGCUGGUUUGGGAGACUGUUUGGUCGAAGCCGGUCUUCUCGAGAGCGACAAAUUCAGGAGUCUCUACGGUUGUAGUAACAAACGAGAUAGUGCACCGGCUAUUGACAAGCAAAACUCGAUGGGUUGGGGGAAAGGAUGGCUUUCCGGAUUGGUGUGCGCAUAG